UGGAAAGGAUAGACGUAUUUUCCCUGUCCUACGCUAACGUACGCAGCAAGCUCAGCAGAACCCCGUGAAUCGUGAUGUUAGUGAGAAAUCCAUCCCGUCACUUCCACUGCUCGAUGGAGCAACCCCAUCAUCUUCCUCCCAACGGCUCGUCCAAACCAAAACCCUAAAUCCAAAACCCUAUAAAUCCAUUACUUUUCAUUCCAUUCCAUUCCUCUGUUUGGUUUCUCAUCAUGCAAUCUCAUCAGUUCCUCGACGCCUGCCAAAAUCUCAGAGCUUUUCGCCCAUUUCUAGGUUUUUGCCAUCGAAGCCCCUCACCGUCUUCGAAUUCUCUCUUCUUCCUAUCCAAGGGGAGCAUUUCUAAGGAUUCCAAGGUCUCCUGCAGUUCCGACGUAGGGAAACGGAAGCCGAGGAAUGGUGAGAAGCAGCGAGGGAAGAGCGGUGGUGGAGAGAGGGUGAGGAUUAAGGAGAAGGAGAAUGUCUGGAGCAUCGAUAACGAGCUCGCGAAGACGACGGAGAAAUCGGGCCGUAGAAGGAGAGGUAGGCGGGUGAAGAAUGUUGGGAGGAGUAGGAAUUCCAGGGUUAUCAUCUCCGCAGCGAUGUUGAUGGAGGUUGAGACUGUUCUCCAGACGCAGGAACCAGUUAUAAUACCGGCAUGGAGCACAUUUGCAAGUAGUGUUAGUGGGAUAUGGAAGGGAGUCAGUGCAGUAUUUUCGCCUUUCACUGCUGAGAUGGAACCAAUUGGAGUAGGGAUCCAAAAUGAGAAUCUCUAUGACUGCUACACUCUUUCCCACAUUGAGCAGGUGCCCCCUCCUUCUGAAGAUCUUAGCUCACAAAUCAAAAGGAAGAUUAAUUGGGUUGCUUUGAACCCCUAUGGUGAGAUCCAACAAAGAACUAGAGGUGGUGAUAAAAAUAAAGAAGCAGGAAAAGAUGGAGAUGGGCCUUCAAGUAAGUCGUUCAAUCCGAUUGAUACACUUCGAGAUUUGCCUAGCUACGGGUCUUUUGACUUUGAUUUAAGUGAAAUGUUGGAAGAAGAUUUCAUGAAUAUGGAGCCGGGCCUUAUAUUCUUUGAGGAUGGAUCAUAUUCUAGAGGCCCAGUGGAUAUACCGGUAGGAGAACUUGAUGAGUCCAAGUAUUUCCUUUCCCCAACUUUCAAGUUUGAGCAGUGUUUGGUGAAGGGAUGCCACAAGCGGUUGCGCAUUGUACAUACCAUAGAGUUCAAUGAAGGGGGUUCUGAUAUACAGAUAAUCAGGGUUGCUGUAUAUGAAGAACAAUGGGUCAGCCCAGCUAAUCUUUAUGACAAAAAUGAUCUGGAGUUUGACCUGAAGCCGUUUUCACAGCGGAAGCGAGCCCAACCGUCAGAGCUGACAGGUUCUUGGAAGGUGUUCGAGGUAAGUGCGACCCCAAUCUUUGGCGAGCAAGCUACAACCGAAGGGGGAAGGCUGCAGUAUGUAUACCUCUGCACCGAGACCUUGAAGAAGAGGAGCUUGCCUGAGAAUCCCGUCUACUUUGGGGAGGAAGAGAUGCUUGAUAUGCAAGAUGUGGCUGUCCUCUGGUUGCCAGGUGGCAUCACAGGAUAUGUUGAUGUAAAAAAGGAUGGCAUCCUUUGCAUUGGAGUUGGGUGGUACUCUGAUGAAGGGAUCAACCUUGUGAUGGAGAGAGAUUAUGGUACUGAUGGUAAACUGAAGGAGGCCCGAUGGAAAACGGAAGUAAAGAGAAGGUGGUCAGAUCAAUUCCCUGUGUAAAAAUUUCAUGUAUUCGCUUCAAAAAAAAAUUUUUGCUCUAUUUUUUUUCCCUUCUAGUCUGCAGACCUUUUGUAGAUAAAAAGUGAAGACAGGAAGAGAAGGUAUGCUGCCAACCUUUAAUCAUAGUUUAAAUACUCGACAUUCCAAUUGAUCUUCAUGAAUGUGCUCUGGAUUAGGUAUUUGGAGAAUUUACCAUCA